AAUUCAGAUAUCGAUAAAACUCAUUGCAGUAUGAAAUAAAUGUUUCAAAGUGAAGGUUAACACAUUGAUAUCUCUGGACAGUGUUAUUAAAAAAAUAAGCUAUGAAUUGGAAUAUGAAUUAUAUAAUUGUAUGUAUCUUCAGUGUUGUCUGUGGAAUUCAAGGUGUGACAGAUGAAGAAUAUGCUUACAUGCCUGAUGUAUUUAACAUUGAAAAUUACGAGACGUGUAUGCUGUUGAAAGAAAAAGCCCUUUAUUGCGAUUUGGAAUAUAAAAUAUUCCCAAUAAACUCAAACAACCCCCCGGAAGUAUGGAAAACCAUCAAAGCAGUCAGUGCAUCCGAAUUACAUUAUAGACAUGAUAUUAUACGCCAUUUUACAUGUGUACCCAAAACCUGUCCAAACGUUAAAACGCUGAACUCAUCCCAGGAUGAAUUUAUUAAAGAUUUGAAUGAAUGUUUUGACAACAAGUAUAAAAGCUUAGGAUUUCGAGGACAUAUUUAUAUAAAAGCAUGUAAAGGAGAUGGUCCGAUCUUUCAAAUAGAUAUGGGAGACUGGAUUUUUGCAAUUGUGUUUUUUGUAUACGUAAGUUUAGUUAUGGUUUCAACUGCUUACGAUACCGUGAAGGGGAAAAAUGAAGCAGCUUACUUGAAAUUGAAGCAAACUAUGUGCGGAAGAUUAAUUUUAGCUUUUUCAAUAAAAAAUAAUUGGACGAAAUUGAAAAGUGUUCCCACCGGACCGACUUUUGAGAAAUUACGUUCUGUGCAGGGCUUAAGAGUUUAUAUGUCGAUAGUUAUCAUAGUAGUACAUGCCGUUCUAGGACAAUUUGCAAUACCAAACGAUAACCCUAAAUUUUUUGAAGACAAUAACGACAAUCCAAACAUCUUCAAUGAGGUGCCUAAAAGAUCAGUAUUUAUUCUGUCGUUCUUUUUUAUGAUGUCUUCUUGGAUAUUAAUCACUUCUAUACUAGUAAAACAGGAGAAAAACGAAGAUAUGGAUUUUAAAUUCAUUUUAAAAUCUAUUGCAAAAAGAUAUAUUCGAUUUCUUCCUUCGAUUGCUUUGAUUGUGGGAUUUUACGCAACCUGGUUGAGACAUUUACCAUGGGGUCCAUUUUUUGAUGGGAUAUGUAACGAAAGCGAGAAAUGUAGGCAAAAUUGGUGGACGAAUCUGCUAUUUAUACAAAAUCACUACAAUAGAUAUUACAUGUGCUACAUUAUAAGUUGGUACUUAGCUGUGGAAAUGCAGUAUUACAUAAUCACCUUAUUUAUUUUGAUGUGGAUUCUUAGAAACAAAAUUAGUGUACCAUGUACUGCAAGUAUACUUCUCACAUUGAAUUUGAUUUUUGCUUUCUUAGAUCACUAUAGACAUGGUUAUUUAUCAACAUUAUCUGGAAAGCCAGAGGAAGUUUAUAGAUUAGUUUUCAAUAGCAAACCUCAAUGGCAUGAUCAUUUUGCUAGUUAUCAUGGGAACGCAACUGGAUAUAUUUUAGGAUUAGGUUUUGGAUAUAUUUCACACAAAUACACCAAUAAAAAACUAUUCGAUGAAAAAUGGAAAAAAGUACUUUGGUGUAUUGUUACCUUCACAUUGAUGUCAUUAGUAUUUAUUCUUCCAUUAUUUUAUAAUGUAGAUAAAACACCCGUCCAUUCUGCUUUGUGGGUUGUGAUGACAAGAUUGCUUUUCUCUUUCGCGAUGGGACUAUUCGUCUUGGGACUUUCAGAAGGAUUAGGAGGUCCUGCUAGAUCGUUUUUGAACUGGAGUCCGUUGUAUACAUUAGGAAAAUUGUCGUAUUGUGUUUAUAUAGGACACGUAGUAUUCCAAAAUAUUAGAGUAGGGAUGAUGAGAUCACCGCAACACCUCGGGUACUAUGCAAUGUUGCAGAUAAUUGCUUCGGAUACAGUACUCAGUUUCAUUGGAGCAUUGUGGUUGUGUUUAUUUUUCGAAAUGCCAUCUAAUGAGCUUGCAAAUAUUUUAUUUGUUUCGAAACAGACGCACGUUGACAAGAAGAGCAACUGAAUUGUAUUGUUUGUAUACAUAAUAAAAUAAAAACAAAUCUCAUAGUA